AUGGACAAAACUUCUCUUGCUUUCAACAUGCCAAGUAAUGUAACUAUCAAUAAUAAAGGAAGCAAGACUAUUAGUAUUAGGACUUGUGAUUAUGAAAAAUCAUGUUUUAUCAUUGUACUUGCAUAUAUAGCAGAUAGUGUAGUUAUUAGAGCUAAUAAAAGGAUGGAUGAACGAAGUGAAAAUGAAUUAUUGGAUAGACCAAAUUUAGAACAAUU